CAGCACCGUUGGGACACAUGGUCAAUGGAGGUUGGCGUCCAUUGCAAAAGAGUGGAGUUCAGCAGUCCAACUGCUUCCGGAAAGAAGCUGUUAAUCAGUUCGGUGGUCAGUCAGCCCCCAUCUGCUACGUCAGACCCACGAGUGAGAUGAUGAUCCUGCAAGGACACCACGUGUCCAGCAAUGGCGGGGUCCGGCUUCCCUACCUGCAGGACUGGAAGCAGGGGGAGUGUGACCUGGUCAGCCUCCUACAAGUGAUGGCUGCCACGUUUGGAGACCUUCCUCCUAUUUGUAUGCAACCUCCCCCACAGCCUGAACAAGCCUCAUGUUGGCUGCAGUUCCACAGGCAAACACAAGUGCUUCACAAGGCGGACGGUCGUUUAUAUUUGUCUUUAUGCACAGAAGACGGUCAGCAUGUCGUACAAGAGAACGAAACCAACUGUUAAUGGCUGCUGAUAUUGAUUUGUUGCUUGUAAAAUAUAUAUUGUGCACAGUGUCGCCUGGCAGGGAUUGACUGUUGUAUCAGUGAUUGAUUAGUUAUGUCAGCAUUGUUUUUAUAUGCAUUUUAUAAAUUACUUGCUAUAUUAAGGUCAUGUUGGUGUGAUGAAAUCUGCAUGCUUUGAAAGUACACUAUUGCCUGAUUUAGAUACAUAUUUGUUUUUUUUAAAACAACACAUUUGCUGACUUUAAAUGCCAUGUAAGACCAAGAUAAUGCUGUAAAGCAUAUCUAUACAGAGAAAUAAAAGGAUGC